CGACUGUUGCACACCGCGUGUGUGCUUACAGCGGCGGACCCGUCACAUCACGGAGGUCCGUCUGCGGAACAUGGCCGUGCCCACUGACGACGACAGCCCCACCCCAGGCGCCCAGAAGUGGUUUUCCUUUUUCACCAUCUCCACAGACUCAGUCAUCUACCAGAGCGAAGUCACUCGAUGCUACAAGAGCGCUUGCUGGCGCACCGUGAACCUGUCGUGCCGGGCACUUCGCACCCAAACGCGCGGCAACCGCAUCGCAGUGCAGGUGUGGAUCAAGCCCAUCACCGCUGCCGAUGGCUUUGACGUCGACCCUGUUGAACCCAAACCCGCAUCCACGGACGGAUACACGCUGCUUCGCCGCUACGUUGUUGACCUCUUCGGCCUCACCCUCCUGAAACAAGCGCCCGAGAACACAGAUGUGCCCCAUUCCGAGAGCAACGCUCUUCUCAUUGCGCUCGGCACCUGCUGGUACCUCGCAUCACCGCUGCCCCCAGACGCCGUGCGAGAGCGCCUGCCGCCAAAAUACCUUCGGGCGCAGGCUGUGUCCAUACGGCGCAUGUACACGGAGACGUCGCUGAGCCGGCUCAUCAGCCUGUGCACGUCAUUGGAGCAGGACACGCGCUGGGACCGACUCAAGGGCGAGGACGUCUGGCGAUCGGAACACCGCGCCCGCCUUGAGCGAACCCGCGCGCGCGUGUCGUUCCUCAAGCUCAAAUUGGCUGCGCAGCGCACACGCACGGACCAGGAGCGGGCGCGCGUGGACAAGCAGAGGGAACAGCUUCUCGAGAAACAGCGGGUGAUGGAGAGACGAUAUGCGGACUUGGACGAGCGCAUCGCCGCCCUCAACGACAGAAAGGAUACAUUCGCAGACACCGAGCACAAGCUCAAGGAGGUCCUGCUGGCACGCGACAUGCGGCAGGCCGUGCUAGUGCUGGAACUCUACUCCGUCUACCACGUCAAGCCGAUAACGGAGGACCUGUGCUCGAUCAUGGGCAUUGAAUUGCCGAAUGGAACGUUCACAGACAGAGACGAUGAUGCAAUUGCCACUGCUCUUGGGUAUGUUUCGCACCUGGUGCUGAUGAUCAGCAAAUACCUGCAGCUGCCGCUGCGGUAUCCCAUCAAGCUGCUCGGCUCGCGAUCCUCAAUCACAGACGACAUCGCCUUUGACCGCUCCGACCGCCCUCGAAGGUUCCCGCUGUAUCCGCGUGUGAAGGACCGGUCCAUGUUUGAGCGGGGCGUGUUCCUGCUGAACAAGGACGUGCAGCAGCUGCUGGAGCACCACGGCAUUGGCGUGCGCGAUGCGUUGGCCACGCUGCCAAACAUUCGCCGCCUCAUGCUCCUCCUCUACGACUUCACCAAGCAACACAACCCGGAUCAUGGCACCCCGGCAUAGCGCAUGGUCAUCUGUUGUCCGCUGCGGCUCUUGUUGCGUUCAUUUGUUUCGCGUGGUAUUGUUGUAAUGUUACCAAUACAUGGUUUAC